AUGGCACAGCAGCAAAGGAGAGAAAACAAGACUGAUGAGCGAGAAAUUCAUGUCGAGAAAGAUAAAGUCCCCAAAAUGGCCAGUCAUUUUGAGUCACUCACAGUCAAAGAUUCAGGUGAUCAACCAGUAGUGCACCAUGUGGUCGGAACAGUGCAUGGUGCAGCUGGUGAUCAAAGUGAGGCUAAAGAUCAAUACAAAGGGCCUUCUCUUGAAGAGAUUUCCAAGUAUAGAGGUGUUGCACAGCAGAACUCCAUGGAUGCCAUUCGGGCUGCCGAGGAGCAGUAUAGAAAGUCGAAAGAGAUGUCUACUCGGGCCGGUGAAACCGGUCGAGUAACGGGUGGGCAGGUGAUUAAAAAUAACGUAUCCACCACCUCUGCAAAGGGGGGCCAAAUUGGUCAACAGGCAGAAGAGCGCCUUUCGAGUGCAACCCAAACUGCAGCGGAGAAUGCAGCUAGGGCAUCGGAUUACACCGUCAUGAAAAGUGAACAGGCCAAGGAGAGCCUUUCUUCGGCCACCCAAACAGCCGCUGAGAAGGCUGCUAGAGCCAAAGAUUACGCACACGAAAAGGGUCAGCAAACCGGUCAGCAGGCGAAGGAGAGCCUUUCGUCCGCCGCUCAAACCGCUGCAGAGAAGGCAGCAAGAGCCAAAGAUUACACACUCGAAAAGGGUCAGCAAACCGGUCAGCAGGCGAAGGAGAGCCUUUCGUCCGCCGCUCAAACCGCAGCAGAAAAGGCAGCAAGAGCUAAAGAUUACACACUCGAAAAGGGUCAGCAAACCGGUCAGCAGGCGAAGGAGAGCCUUUCGUCCGCCGCUCAAACCGCAGCAGAAAAGGCAGCAAGAGCUAAAGAUUACACACUCGAAAAGGGUCAGCAAACCGGUCAGCAGGCGAAGGAGAGCCUUUCUUCUGCCGCUCAAACCGCAGCGGAAAAGGCAGCAAGAGCUAAAGAUUACACACUCGAAAAGGGUCAACAAGCCGGUCAGCAGGCGAAGGAGAGCCUCUCUUCAGCCACCCAAACAGCAAUGGAGAAGGCAGCGAUGGCGAAAGACUACACUUUAGAGAAAUCGGGUCAGGCGAAAGAUGUGGUGGCAGAAAAAACAACCGGGAUAACAAGUGCAACCGUAGACGUGACCAAAAAAGGUGCUAGUUACGUGGGGGAAAAGGCAGUUGCCGCGAAAGAUGUGGUGGUGGAAUCUGGAAAGGCCACAGCUGGGUAUGUCGGGAAGGCGGCGGGGGUGGUGAAAGACAAAGCUGUGGUGGCUGGGUGGAGUGCGGCUGAGUUUGCUAGUGACAAAGCUGUGGGUGCGACGGAGACAAUGGCAAAUGUAGCCUCCGGUGUUGCCGGGUUUGCGGGUAACACGGUUGUGGGAACAAAGGAUGUUUUGGUGGAUGUUGGGAAGAAGACGAAGGAUAUGGUGGUGUCAACAGAAGAGAGUGCUAAAGAUUAUGCAGCAAGAAAGAAGAUGGAAAAACAAAGAGAAUUGGAAGCCAAGAAUGCAAAGGGCGAAGGUGAAUGGGUUGGUGAGGAACAAGAAGAAAUUAGCUUCCGGGGUGAAGAAGUCGACGAGGGUCCUUUUGCGCAACAAGGAACGGAGGAGGGUAGUUUCUUCGGGCAACAAGGAGUCGAAGGGGGUGGGGGUGGUGGCACAGCGGCUGCAGGAGGUGUAAUGCGGGUGAUAGGGGAGACGUUGGUGGAGAUAGGGCAGAACACCAAGGAUAUGUUUGUGGGGCAAGGUGGAUACGAGGGAGAAGGUAGAGUUGGUGAAAGCAAAGACAAGUUUAGAGGUUAAUGCAGUUACGGGACAUGAUUAUGUUAUGUUUUGAUGUUUUAAUAUGCUUUGUAUUGUAAAUGUUGUAUGUUUUCUUUAAUAUGUAAUGCAAGGCUUUACUAGUUUGCUUCCGU